CCGAAACCUUUCCCCUUCCUCGUAGAGAUAUAGAGAGAUAGAGAGGUUGUUUCAAAUACCCCUUCGACAAUAGACGGUACUUGGGAGUUAUAUAAAAAGCACAAACAUGAUACAUCUCUGUAUAUUAGGUAUAAUAGUUGCAUAAUUGAGUGCAACAACCAAAGACAAAAGUAGCCAGAGAUCAAACUAAAGUUAGACAUGGAAAGAAAGAUUGAGAUUGUUUGUGUGGAGUUCAUUAAACCUGUUUCUCGCACUCCCAGUCACCUUAAAUGCUUCGAAUUCUCUAUUUUGGAUCAACACGUACUAACCAUACCUGUUCCCUUAGCUCUAUUUUAUCCUCCUCCUCCCCUGUAUGUUGGCGAAUCGCUGCGGGCAGCUAAUUUAUCAAGAUUACUUGUAUUGAAGAAAUCUUUGUCUGAAACACUUGCUCGCUUUUACCCUUUUGCUGGUCGAAUCAAGAACAACUCAAUUGAAUGCAACGACGAUGUGGUGCCUUUUUACGAGGCUUUUGCUCAUAAUUAUCAGUUGGAAGAUGUUCUUAGAAAGGCUGCAGAUGUCAAUAAAAAGUUCCUCCCCAGUACUGUUGAAGAGGCCCGAUCAUUACUGCCUGAUUCAGCCUUAUAUCCUCCCCUGCUUGUUCAAGUCACUUUUUUUGAGUGUGGAAGUAUGGCUAUUGGUAUAUGUGCUUCUCACAAAGUUGCUGAUCGUGCCACAUUGUGCACCCUCAUCAGUGCCUGGUCAACAAUUGCCCGAGGUAGCCCCGAUUAUCUGGUUCCCGAAUUUGUUGCAGCUGCUAAAUUCUUGCCACCACCAAUUUCCCAUGUUCCACCCAAGCCUAUUAUGCCUGAAGUAAUAAUCAAAGUCCUUUUUGAUAAGCAACGUGUCACUAAAAUUUUUGCCUUUGAUGCUUCAACUAUAACAUCACUCAAGGGUAAGGCUGUCAGCGGUUCAGUACAAGCGCCUACUCGUGUUGAAGUAGUAUCAGCUUUGAUCUGGAAAUGUGCCAUGGUUGUUUCAGGGAAUGAGAUCAGAAGGUUAUCUCAAUUGGUGCACAAUGUAAAUAUACGAAAGAGGUUAGUCCCUCCGUUACCAAACCAUAGUGUAGGAAACGUUGUUGCAAUUAGCACAGCAUGUAAAGGUGAGAAUGAUGGCUCUGAUUUGCUCACUUUGGUCACUUGUAUAAGGAAAGCAUUAUCAGAAAUGAGUUCAGAAUUUGCGGAUAAACAGAAUCAACAAGAGGCAAUUUUGACCAUUCCCUAUGUCAACGCAGAGUUUGCUGCAGCACGUUUUGGAGGCGAGAUAGAGAUAAUACAUAUGAGUAGCUUGUGUGGCUACCAAUUUUAUGAUGUUGAUUUUGGCUGGGGAAGACCUUCAUGGGUAAAUCCAAUUAAAGAUAUAGGCAUAAAUGUUGUUAUAUUGAUGGAUUCAAGAGAUAGUGGUGGAGUAGACGCAUGGAUAUGCUUGAAGGACAAAGACAGUAUGACAGUUUUUGAGCAUGAGCUAGAGCUGCAGCUGCUUGCAUUUGGAUCUGCCAAAUAAUUGAAGAGCUUGCUGCAUCAGAUUCGACAUGAUCUGAUCCAAGGUGAUCAAAUGCUGGAGAUGAUCAGCUGCGUCUGCCUCUGUCUCUGCCUCUACCUCUGCUAGUGCGAUCCCUGUGUGGCGGCGCUUGUGCUCGAAGUACAGCAAGAUAAGCCAUGCUCCGUAGCCAAAAGCAGAGGCAACGAGAAACACCACAAGUACGUAGCCCAAAACUUUUGCUGCUCAAUAUUCAUAUUUUUUCUUAGCUAAAAUGGGUUUAGUUACUAGUAUUAGAAAAUGUGUUAGCUGGUGAGAAAGAUGAAAGAGAAGGGCGUAGAUUUCUGCCUGUUAUGUGUUUGUGAAAAUGUGGAGAUGAAAUUUUGGGGAAUAUUUCGUGAUGGGGUAAAAGAGAGAGAUGAGAGGAAGAAAAGUGAAAGAUAGAGAAAGGUGGCAAAAUCAAAUCCCUUGCCAUGAUUUUCUUCCAAAAACAGUCUAACCUUUCCCAAAAAGGUACAUUUCUCCUCUUAACGUGCCGGCUUCCCCCUUCCCCUUUCUGGAAAUUUUAAUUAACUAUUCACAAAGAAAUUUUUUUGUGGCAAGGUGGGUUGCUCUGAUGGUAAGCAUCCUCCACUUCCCACUUUUAACCAAGAGGUUGUGAGUUCGAGUCACCUCAAGAGCAAGGUGGUGAGUUCUUGGAUGAAAGGAUGCCGAGA